CGAUCAGGCGGCGCUUCGGACAGCCCCGGCGGCAGGGCGGGGGGAGUUAUAUUGCGGGGUCCUUCUUCGCUCACCCUGGUUCCUUUCGGAGCAGAGACGGCAAAUGGCGGACUUCGAUACCUACGACGAUCGGGCCUACAGCAGCUUUGGCGGUGGCAGAGGGUCCCGCGGCACUGCUGGUGGCCAUGGUUCCCGCAGCCAGAAGGAGCUGCCCACAGAGCCCCCCUACACAGCUUAUGUAGGAAAUCUACCUUUUAAUACGGUUCAGGGCGACAUAGAUGCUAUCUUUAAGGAUCUCAGCAUAAGGAGUGUACGGCUAGUCAGAGACAAAGAUACAGACAAAUUCAAAGGAUUCUGCUAUGUAGAAUUUGACGAGGUGGAUUCCCUUAAGGAAGCCUUGACAUAUGAUGGUGCACUGUUGGGUGAUCGGUCACUUCGUGUGGACAUCGCAGAAGGCAGAAAACAAGAUAAAGGUGGCUUUGGAUUCAGGAAAGGUGGACCAGAUGACAGAGGUUUCAGGGACGACUUCUUAGGAGGCAGGGGAGGGAGUCGCCCAGGUGACCGGCGAACAGGCCCUCCAAUGGGGAGUCGUUUCAGAGAUGGUCCUCCCCUUCGAGGAUCCAAUAUGGAUUUCAGAGAACCAACAGAAGAGGAAAGAGCACAGAGACCACGGCUCCAGCUUAAACCUCGAACAGUUGCGACGCCCCUCAAUCAAGUAGCUAAUCCCAACUCUGCUAUCUUUGGGGGAGCCCGGCCCAGAGAGGAAGUUGUUCACAAGGAGCAAGAAUGAGCUUGCGGUUGGGAGGGAAUGGGGUAGGGGCAGUUAGAGCAAGACUGCGGCCUGGCUAGCCCCCUGGACCGGCAGUCCUGCAGUUACCAUUCCUGCGCCUGACCUUUGUCCUCCUUUCUUACAAAGGAAACAACAGAGCUUGUGAGUGCAUGUCAGCAGUUAACAAGUGGUUUUUAGUACAUUCUUGGCUUUGCUGUAUCUAGUGCCUGUUUCGUGCUUUUUAUUUUUCCCCCCUGCCACUCCUUCCCCCAUUUUCCUUCUGUCCUUUUUCCUUCUUGUUUCUUGUUUCCUUCCAGCACAUGAGUUUCUCUAAAGGGACAAAGGCAGCCACCAUGUGGGAGCUCUUUGGAUUGAGGUGCUGUUUCAUUUUUCUCCUUCUCUUUCUCUUCUUACUUUACACACACUGGCCAGACUCCAGUCACUUCCUUUGAUUCUUUUUCCCAGUGCUUCUCUUCUGGCCUGCAUGUCGAGUUCUGUAUUUCUGUGGCUUUCACCAAAAAAGAAAAGGGGGAAAAAAACAGGAAAGAAGUCACAAAUUGGAUAGCAUCUUGUUUUUAUUCAGCUUUGAUCAACAUACAGAUUAUCAGGCACCUUGUUUUCAAAACAAGGAUAAAAUGUCUGUUGAUGCCUGCAAAUUCCUUCCCGUCCCUAUUUAUAAGUAGUCCUGUCUCUGAUGCCCCCUCCCCAAAUGGGUUAUUUGAGCAGAAUAAACUCAGAUUUCAAAUAGUGAAACCUAAAGGGUAAUGUGGGAUGUUGAUAGGGAGUUUACGUGGAAGAUUAGUUACAUGCACUACUAUGUUCACAUGUUUUAUUACUGCUUUGUCAAACCUGUCCAGACUGGUUCCCUCCUUUUACCAGCUGUAUCACAGGCUCCUCUCUCGGGCUGGAUGUAGUGAACUGCCUGCUGCUGGUUUUCUUUCUGCUGAGCACAGGUGCUGUGGGGACUAAAGAGUGGGGGUGGAGGGCCCUAGAGCUGAGCUGGGCUAACUUUAUAGUGAGGACAUUGCUGUUUCCAAAUCCCUGUUGUCUGUGCAUUUUGCACC